AUGAAAUACCACGGCGUGUACUAUAUCCCGAACCAGGGCGCGCAGCUCUCGGCGUCGCUCGACUAUGUAAAGGCCAUUGUGGCCGGCAUCGAGUCCAGCUUUCCUCGUGCCGACAAGGCUGGCACCUGGGCACUCACCCACCGUAUGCUCCGCGACAACCCUCCGUACAGCGAGACAACCCAGCCAGACUACCCGCACGCGUACCAGCACCUGCUGCACGUGUCCACCGUCACCCCAGACCGCGCGUACAACCUUAUCCAACACCCGCCCAAGGCUGGCCAGGAUGGCAGCGUGAGCACCACGCCGCAGAUUGCCAUAGCAUCGUUCCCUAUGGCCCAGGGCGAUGCACAUGCCACCUUCCUCGCCAACCAGAUGCCGCUUCUCUGGACCCCGCCGCGCAUGCUCGAUGUCGUAAACGGCAAGACCUUCCAGGCGGGCGACUUCCUCAUAUACGUUGGCGAGCUUCGGUCCCGGCGCCAGGCGCAGACAAGCAACCACACUUCUCCGGCUGUUGUCGUCUGCGUCUCUACUCACGCCGGGGGCCCAGACAACGACGACGGCACUUCGUCUCCGCCGACAGACGACGGCGCUAUCGAUUUCGAGUACGCACAAGCUUCGAUCCGAGAGCUAUGGAACACCAUCAAGAAGGACAUCACCUUUGGCCGUGCCGAAGUCCGCGAGCACAUGCAGCCUACUGAAGACUUUGGCCGUGGCGAAGAGCAGAAUCGCGAGGCCGUCGUGCGCAUGUGGUGCGAGGCACUGAGCCCCAGAGCCUGA